GCUACUCCUAAGCUGACCGCGGCCGUCUUCAUUUAGUUGAGUGUCGAUCGCGAAAUAGUUCGGCGGUUGCUCGGACGUUUCUUGAGGUAGACGCGUUUGAUUGGCAUAUUAGAGUCUAACGAUUCUUCGAAGGUGAGACUCAGGGUGCGAUAGUUGCCGGCCCAAUUCGCGAAUUCCGUGCUAUCUAUGACUGGCGGUAUUGACUCAAUGAGUGGAGAUUGCGGCAGAGUCUUAAGUGAAUCGUGUGCUCAAGGUGUUAUUCAUCCAUCUGAACAGUGACUGGAGAUGAUUAGCAUGGAAAUUGCACAAUGCCCGUAAUGACGGUCGCUUCUUUCAUAUAGACGCAACCUUCUCGGCUCCGAAAUAGCAGGUUUUCUCGGCGAUUGUUGUGCAUGUUAACAUAAUUAAUGAUUGCCUGAUUCCGCUCCUCGGCUAGUUACUCAUAUUCAUAGUCGCCGCUAUUGUAAUAUAUGCAGUAAGAUAUUGUGAAAGUGAGUCGAACGGUCUUAGUAAGUAAUUAGUGGCUUUGGUAUUACUCACGCCGGCGGUUCGCGGAACACAAUAUGGAUUCGCGGAAGUGCUCCAGGGGGAUGUUCGCAUGGCUACUCGUGAUUUUCGCGGGAAUCGGAACAUGCUCUGCAUCAUGCUACUUCUCAAUAGAACUCCAAGGAUCAUUCGUGACGCAAGGCACAGUUGCAAAUCAUGAAAUUCAGUACAGCCAAGUUAACAUCACAGAGGAUUCUAUACCAAUUUGGGGGGUAUGCCAGAAACGGAUUGAAAACAAUGUGAUUCUGAUGAUCAGCUCCGAGGAGACAACAUGUUUCCGCUGCUUCAAUCUGAAACUGGUCUCUCGAAAUGUACUUCGCGCCAGGACCACGGAUUCUGACUAUAUCUCCAAAUGCUACGCCAAUGAAGAAAAAGCUAUCGCCUCGUGUCCAACAGAAGAAAUUUUGAAGGAUUCUUCGCUCUUCACUGAAAUUAUCUUGUAUAAACACUAUGAUGCUGGUGGCCAAGAAAUCAGACGAGAGUAUUGCCCAAUAAAUGGAAGAUACAAAUUGAACUAUAACGUUGAUGAUGGGCAAGAGGAUUUCAUGGAAUGCUCAACAAUGGAAUCGGAGUUGGAUAAUUGUCCUUCUGGAUCUGCAAUGAAUCUUCGGUUCAGGAAAUGCUCAUUCGAGGAUCAUGAAAUAACAUUCGAAUGCUUGGGUCAUUGGGAGGAUGAAAAUAAUCAAAAAUAUUUGGCGUUGAUGAAUUCUAGCCCAGCAAAGGAUAAGCUCGGACCGCAAUAUCGAUGCGCGAUCUACUCUGAAGAUCCUGUAACAGGGAAUAUAGUUAUUUCAUUCAGUAAAGACUCAACAUGCUCAGCAAUAAAUAAGUCUAUAAAUGAUAACAAGGCUGAGGUUCCACACACCGAGAUGUUGACGCUUUAUCCAGCCGUUAAUGUCCAUUGGCCGCACGAUCAGUUCUGCACGUUCCCCGAAUGGUUGCAAGGACACUUCGAACAUAUUACGGUGAAAAACGACACGCUUAUAUUUCGGGACCAAACAUCCUUCAAAACCUAUACUAUGAAGUGCAUAGCGAAUAUUAGUGACUAUAUUUUAGUAUUCAGUCGAACUCAAUGUGACGAAGAAAUCUACCAAUGUAUCCAAAUCAAGGAUCGAAGUCCUAACAUCGUGGAACUUCAAAUCGGAACAGAAUUGUCUCGAAAUUACUCAGAAGCGAUUUGUUCUAGUGAACACUUCAAUAGCUCUCAAUGGUUAACACAAGGACGUCUGGACCAGAAAUACAAAUAUACUCCCUGCCCCGUCAGUGGAGAGUUUAGAGGAGUUAUUCCAGAUGCAACGACGCUAUGUGCAAAAUUAUCCUCAGAAUGUACGUCCGAGGAUAUAAUGUACCACGAGGUAUCAGCAUGCGAGUAUGGGGAAGUAUACGAAGAACGGAAAUAUCAAUGCUUAGGACAGUGGACAGAAAAUGACGUUGUUUAUGCGUAUACAAAACGGUUAGAUGUCGGUACGUACGAAUGUUUUGUUGGGGCAAUGACACCCGAAAACAAAAUAUUUCUUAAGGAGGCAGGUGAAAAUUGUCAACGAAAUGUGAAUCCAUACCGUUUUGGAAUGGAAAUACAUCAAACUUCAAAAUGCAAGAGGACGCCAAAGCCAAUAACAACCUCAACUACAACAACGUUUCGGCCGACAACUGUUGUAUCCACAACUUCGCCUUCAGCAAAGUUUGAUGACUCAAAUGCUAUACAUCCUGUGACAACUGCCCCGGAAAGUUCGUUGUCUAGCGAAGUCAGCCCCGUAGCAUUUCCACUUUUACUUGCGACUAGUCUUUUUUGUUUAACAAGAUAAGAAUUAUUUUAUACGACGACGGGAGGAUAAACAGAAAACCGUAUCUGAUCCAAGUUUAGAUUGUAUUUUGUGAAUGCAUCGUCUCUAUGAGAAAAAGGGUGUGAAUGUGAUAAAAUAUCGAUUCGGAAAAAUAGUGAGCUCUCUUUGAAGUAAGGCUUCCCAAACAAAUAUCAUAUAUACAUGUUUAGUGUCUAAGGAUAAAGUUAGGAGUAAGAAAUGAAUUAAAUAUCUUCUAUAUGUUGUAAUGAAGGCUGAUUUAUUUAUAUGGAAAAAAGAAUAUUUUCAUAAUAAACUUAUGAUUUUCA